AUGUCUAUAAGUCAAGAAAUAUUGCAAAUGGGUGUGGAUAACCUGCUGAUGGGGAAUAAGUCUGGCAAAGGAGAUGAUGACCAGCCCCCUCUGUUUGAUCCAAGAGGACAGACACAAACCCUCUUCAAGGUGCAAUUGUACAAACUUCCGUUGCUGUUCACAGUCAGGAGUUAUAGGAACAAGAACAUCAAGAAGCUACCAAACGACAUGUUCAGUUGGAUCAGGAUUUUGAUUUCCAUCAACAACGAUCAAUUGCUACAGGUGAUCGGUUUGGAGUCUUACGUUUUCUUGUGCUUCUUUAGGAUGUCAAUAAAAAUACUUUUUUCGUUGAGUGUUCUAGGUCUUUGCAUAUUGAGUCCUGCGAGAUAUUUUAUGACGGGGUCCUUUGAUAAAGAUAACUCAACCUUCAAAGCCGUGAAUGACUACCUUACAUCAAUAAAUGUGCUCAAAGUCGCCGGAGAUGGGUCCGACAAAGACGAGAACGCAGAGCCUGUUGCGUACCUGGCAAUUUGUACGGUAUUCACCUACAUCUUCACGGCAUUGAUCUACUAUUUCUUAUUCAAAGAGACAAAUCACAUCAUCAAGACACGACAGAAGUUUUUAGGCUCUCAGCGCUCUCUCACGGAUCGAACAAUAGUCAUCAAGAAUAUUCCGAGCCAAAUGUGCAACGAGUCCGAUUUAAAGGACCAUAUACAGGAAUUGCAAGUGGGAAAAGUUGAGCAAAUCAAUUUCGUAUACGACUAUUCUCCCCUAGUGAAACUAUAUGAAAAGCGUGACUCAAUAGUGCAGUCUUUGGAAGUGCUGUACUCCAAAACAUGUGGUAUUGACAUGAAUCUGUUUGACUCAAGUGAUAUUCAGAAAGUCCAUCUAAAAGUCAACGAAAAACUGAUACCCCCUUCAGAUGACUAUAUUUUGUACAAUCCAGACGUGAAUACUAGCGAUUUAAGUGAAGACAAAUAUUACAUCUUGGCAACUGACAGCGAUAAAUACAAUGCCAAAAGGAGAAAAUGUUUCAAGAUCAGUAAAUCAAAUAAGGAACUCAUUGACUCAUACUCCAGAGAACUGGUAAACCUUUCGGACGAAAUAUCCUUACUGAGAGAGAAGGCUGAGUUCGCCAGAUUGCCCAUUGCAUUUGUUACGAUGGAUUCUGUGACAGAUGCACAGAUGGCAGCUCAGGCAGUCUUUUCUCCAAAGGUUUUCGAAUUAAUCACAGAAUUGGCACCUGCUCCGUUAGACGUCAACUGGAACAACCUACUGUUGGACAGCAAAUCAGUAUUUCUUCGAAAGAACGUAAUCGAAUUUAUUAUAAUUGUUUUCAGUUGUUUGUUGAUAAUUCCAAUCAGAUACAUCACCUCUUUGCUUAAUGUAAAUUCCAUCAGGAAAAUUUGGAAAGAAUUCGGCGAUUAUUUGAUCAAACAUGAAAAAGUUCGAACAGCGGUUACGGGUUUGUUACCAACCUAUUUGUUCACACUUAUAAAUGUGGCUCUCCCGUACGUUAUUUCGUUACUUUCAAGUCUACAAGGUUUGGGAUCCAAAGGGGAUGUUGAGCUUUCUGUUAUCAAGAAGAAUUUUUUGUAUAUUUUCUUCAAUCUUUUCCUAGUAUUCACAUUAUUUGGUACUCUCUCAAGCUACAAGGCAUUGUUAACGGAUACCACCAAAAUUGCUCCGUUAUUAGCCACAUCAAUAAAAUCACUUUCCUUGUUUUACAUUGAUUUGAUUUUACUUCAGGGACUUACCAUGUUUCCUUUCAAACUACUUCAGAUUGGUGAUCUAUGCACUUUAUUUUGGAGUUUUGUCAUAAACUUCAAAACGAGAACACCUAGACUUUACAGGGAAUACUUAUACAAACCACAAAUCUUUGAUUUGGGUCUUAUUCUACCUCAGCAUAUAUUGAUUUUCAUUAUCACCAUUCUUUAUUCAUCAAUAUCGACGAAAAUUCUUGUUUCCGGGUUAGUCUAUUUCAUAUUGGGAUUUUACACAUAUAAAUACCAACUUGUAUAUUCUCUGGUACAUCCAUAUCAUAGCACGGGGAAAGCAUGGCCAAUCAUUUUCAAGAGAGUAUGCCUUGGUGUUUUCUUCCUACAUUUACAAAUGUUUGGAUCUUUGGCUUUGGAGCAAUCUUUCGUUCUAGCUGGUUUGAUGCUACCGCUUUUUCCAAGUACGGUGGUGGCACUGAUGUUUUUUGAUAGAAAUUACAACCCUUUGUUACAUUACAUUGCACUUGAUGCAAUCAAAACUCGUGGAAAGAGUGUUGAAUCAGAAUCAGAAGAUGGUAUAGACUCUCUAUUGAUAAGUACAGGUUUGUCUCAAGAUAGAAACAUCAAGAGAAAAAGUAGUGUUGUCAGUUUGAGGCACUUCUUAGAUGGUGAUGACGAGUGUGAUGCGGUAUUGCUGAACUCUUCUCUUGGCAACUCCCAAGAGACUAGCGGCAAUCACGAGAGCGCUAUCUUGUCGGAUGAAAAUGAAGAGGCCAUUCAAACGUUCGAUGGAAGUAAUGACAAUUCCUCUCCUCACUCAUCCAAUCAGGCUGCUGAUUUAAAAGACAGAAUAACACCGAGUGAUAAUGCUGGCAAAAGUAUACUUGUUUCUCCCUCACCACUGACAUCGCAUUUUUCCGCCACACCACUUUUAACCACCAAAUCACAUGUAAACCGGAAGCACAGCACGAUAGAAGAAGAAAGAGAAUCAACGCAAAGUUAUGUUCACCCUUGCUUGCUCGAUUCUCCAAAUGAGGUAAUAGUUGGAUUUUCCAACGACUGUGUUGAUUAUUUGAAAUUCAAAGUGAAAUUCAGUGAAACUGAUGGACGAAACGAAAAUCAGCAUCAAGCAGUUCACAUUUCAAGAGGUGAUAUAGGCCAAGAUGGCACCAGAGAGACAGAAAGUGACCUGGAAGUGUCACGUGGUAAAGUUAUGGGAUUUGUCACAAGAGAUUACCCUGUGGAGGAAGUAUUCUGA